CCGUGUACUUCUCUUUCUCGGUGCAUGCUUAUCGCAACAACCACAAACGCUGCAUCUCUCUCUCUUCUUUAUCAGAGAAACCAUAGGAACAUCUUGCUUUUGUUGGGUUUGACUGAAAGUUCUCGAAGUUUUUAAGUAUCUGGUGUGGUGUCUUUCUUGAACUUGGGUUUGCCAUUUUCUUGAAGAAGAGAGAAAGAUGAAGGAAAGCUCGCAGAAUCCUUUGCAUCUCAAGUCUUUGAACCACAUUUCGCUCGUCUGUCGAUCGCUUGAGGAGUCCAUGAACUUUUAUCUGAAUGUUCUUGGUUUCGUCCCCAUCAGGAGGCCCGGAUCGUUUGACUUUGAUGGUGCAUGGCUGUUCGGAUAUGGGAUCGGAAUACAUCUGUUGCAAUCGGAAGAUCCGGAGAAAAUCCCCAAGAAAAGUGAGAUCAACCCCAAGGAUAAUCAUAUUUCCUUUCAGUGCGAGAGCAUGGAGGCAGUGGAGAAGAAGCUGAAGGAGAUGGAGAUGGAUUUUGUGCGGGCGACGGUAGAGGAAGGCGGGAUCCAAGUGGAACAGCUCUUCUUCCAUGACCCAGAUGGGUUCAUGAUCGAGAUUUGCAACUGCGAUAGCCUCCCCGUGAUCCCUCUGGCCGGCGAGAUGGCACGGUCAUGUUCUCGUGUUAACCGCCAGAUGUUGCAGCAGCAGAUCAAGCAGGUGGUCCAGCAGUAAUGAAGUUCUCUUCUUUUUUCUUGUUAUAUCACUAGUUUAUCUCAGAAUGACAACUUGAUUUGAUCAGCAAUAAUAGACGGCAUUCUGAGUUUUGUGUCCAGUUCAUUUUCACCAUUGCUUGUCCAAGUUUUUAAAUUUGUAAUGUAAAAAAGACUGUCUAGCACGUUUUACCUUGAUAAGAUGGGACCUGUACAGAAUC